CAAAAGGUCAUCGAGCUCGUGAAGCAGCACGGCGCGCGCAAGUGGUCGCAGAUCGCGCAGCAGCUGCCGGGCCGCAUCUCGAAGCAGUGCCGCGAGCGGUGGCACAACCACCUGAACCCGGAGAUCAGCAAGGCGGCGUGGACCGAGGAGGAGGACCGGAAGAUCCUGAGCAGCCACGCGAAGCUCGGCAACCGCUGGGCGGAGAUCGCGAAGCUGCUGCCGGGCCGCACGGACAACGCGAUCAAGAACCACUGGAACUCGUCGAUCAAGCGCAAGUACGAG